UUUUUGGCUCAAGACAAGUAGGCUGUUCAGAGGGUGCAACGACUUGGGUGGGCGGCGUCGGUCCGCGAAAAAUAAAAAAACAAGAAGAGCGCUCAUUUGAAACGGCACUGUGAUCUCUUCUUCGCGAGUGCUUCUUCGUCUCGACAAGAAACCGCGGGGGUCUCUCCUUCCCUCCAUUCUCCUACUUCUUGGCCACGUCUUAAAGCGAUGGAUUCGAGGGAAAUCGCUCGUCCCAAGGUCCCCGCCUUCGACCAAACCGAGAUCAAUUGGGACAAGCUCGACAAAACUAAGUUGUAUGUAGUAGGAGCUGGCCUCUUUAGUGGUGUUACAGUGGCCCUGUAUCCAGCUUCUGUAAUAAAGACGAGGAUGCAGGUUGCUUCCAAAGAUGCCACACAGAAUAAUGCAUUCGCAGCAAUAAGAAAUAUUCUAAAGGUUGAUGGUAUACCAGGCUUAUACAGGGGAUUUGGCACAGUUAUCACUGGUGCUGUUCCUGUCAGGAUCAUUUUCCUCACUUCUUUGGAAACAACAAAAGCAGCUUCACUCAAGCUGGUUGAACCAUUUAAGCUUUCUGAACCAGUGCAGGCUGCCAUAGCAAAUGGCAUUGCAGGCAUGGCAGCUUCUCUUUGUUCUCAGGCCGUAUUUGUUCCUAUUGAUGUGGUUAGCCAAAGGUUGAUGGUGCAAGGAUACUCUGGUUAUGCAAAGUAUAAUGGUGGACUGGAUGUUGCUCGUAGAAUUCUCAAAUCUGAUGGAAUCAGAGGUUUGUACAGAGGAUUUGGCUUGUCUGUCAUGACAUAUUCCCCAUCUAGUGCCGUAUGGUGGGCAAGUUAUGGAUCCAGCCAACGCAUAAUCUGGAGGCUUCUAGGCCAUGGCAAUGAAACGGAAACUGUUCCUAGCCAGUGGAACAUAAUGUGUGUUCAAGCUACAGGUGGAAUUGUUGCUGGUGUGGUGGCAGCUAGCAUCACAACCCCUUUGGACACGAUCAAGACUCGAUUGCAGGUCAUGGAUAGUAAACAGAGACAAACUGUGAGACAAGUUAUCAAAAGAUUGAUUGUUGAAGAUGGAUGGAAAGGCUUCUAUAGAGGAUUAGGUCCAAGGUUUUUCAGCAUGUCAGCAUGGGGUACCACAAUGAUAGUAACAUAUGAAUAUCUGAAGCGGCUAUGUUUUAAAAGUGAAGAGGUUUGAUUCCUAUAUGCUCCCAUUUGAGUUGCAAUGCUGCAAGAGGUUCGGCAAAUUCCAUUAUCCAUCUUUUGCAGCGAUGUGUAAAUCAGGGAGCCUAUCAUUCAGGCUGAGAAACUCCAUGAAUCGACACGGACAAUCCAUUACUCUGGUCAUCUCAAUGUCUCUUCAAUAUUCCGUGGAGAGAUGAUAGCACUCAUUAUAUGUGAGAUCUCCUUUAUAGGGCAGUAAAACAUAGAUUGCCAAUUCUUGUUAUUUGGAACUCCCCCAUCCAUUCUGGUGGUAAAUUGUUUGACUGACACAUCCAUUUGAUAUAUUCCCAAAUGGAGCGUCAUAAUUCUUUUUCCAGCCAAUUGCUGGUGCUUUCCUUUCAGAGACGUAUCCGUAAAAACCGGAACACUUCUGUGAAACAGAGGCGUGUAAUAAAUUAUCAGUUAAGGCAAGGGUUUUAGGACUUUCUGAUCUGCA